AUGAGGAGAGCGACUGCUCACACGCGGCCUACCGGGGAGGCGACUACGGUGGUGGAAGAGACAUCUUGGUCACCUACCAGGGCCUGGACCACAACUACGGCCAACCAAGGUGAGAAUGAGCCACUUUUCACGGGUGGACAGGUUCGACGUUUUCGCGAGCUUGAAGUGCAGGCUCCACAGCUGUAUGGCGCAGUGGCAACUACAACUGGGGGUGCGAGUUCGGAGACUUCUGGGUCGUACUCUAAGGAACAGCUGGAGUUGGAAGUGCGUAGACAGGUGGAAGCGGCAAUGACGAGCCAACGGCAGCUGGUGGACGAAAAUCAGCGCUUGCGACAAGAGCUGGAGAAGGUGAAGGCUUCAGUCAGGUCGGGCGGUGGUGGUGUCAGAGCAGUGGAGCAUAUGGAGAAGUUCGAGUACCAGGCAGCAGCGGCAAUCCAACAGGACUUUCAGAACACAACCGUGAACAAGGGGGUCUUGCCGGACUAUCUAGUCAUGUUCAGGUACCCAGCGGCAAUCCCGUUGAACCUUCAGGUCAUGAUGGAAGAGGGCCUGGUGACGAGGCCGGUCUACAUGGAGGCUUUGAAGGUAAUUCUGCGGGACCAACGGGACGUAACUAUGGAACUAGUGAGGGGGCAAGCAUGGAGUUCUUCGACCACGGAGGUGAUGAUGUUCAAGGGGAAGUUCGAGUACCCAGCAGCGGCAAUCCAGCAGGACUUUCAGAACACAACCGUGUCGGGGAUACAGAAUGCGGUCCAGAAUGAGGGCAAGAGAGCAGAGGCAGUCACUGCUGGAGAUGUCGCGGGAGGCAAUAGCGCAUCACCCAUGGAGGCGCUGUUGAAAGGUAUGUCGCAGUUGCAGCAGGCGAUGGCUAUCCAGGUUGGUCUCCAGACGAGCCGUCCUGAGGCGAUACGCCCCGGUGUAUCUGGAAGCGAAUUGCCGAAGCUUCCAGAUGCAGAUGAGUUUGCUGCGAUAAAUGUUGGGGACUGGUUGCACGGGCUGGCGGGUCCCAUGGGGGACCUCACCGAUGGUUCGAGUACUUGGUGGGGCUGUGUUAUCCAGAGUCUCGAGGAGUACUAUAAGGUGUUCCUCUCCUCUACGGCGGUGAAGAAGGUCCAGUUGCGAGCAGAGGAGUUUGCAGUACCAACACUUGCAGAUCCGAGAUGGAGCAGGGUGGACAAGCGUGCAGCAACCAUGCUCCUCCAGGCGGUCCCAGAGAACAUCAAGUCGGAGUUGCUUGCAAACAGGUUGAGUACAACGCUUUCCAUAUUGGCUCGCAUAUUGACGAUAUACAGGCCAGGGAGUUCGGUUGAGCGCCAACAAGUUCUAAAGGCCCUUGAGUCACCAGGGAAUGGUGGUGGAUCAGCAAUGGAAUUGGUGGAGGUUUUACGCAAAUGGUCGCG